AUGAAAAGCCCAUUAAAAGGCGUAGUGUAGUUGGAAACCCUCUGGGAGGCGCGGCGCGACUGACCUCUCUGCGGCGGCGGCGGGAGCGGAGGAGGAGGAGAGGAGAGGAUGCCGCGGCCGGAGGUGCAGGCGCCGCCGGAGAUAUUCUACAACGAGUCGGAGGCCCGCAAGUACACCACCUCCUCCCGGAUCAUCGAAAUCCAGUCGAGGAUUACCGAGAGGGCGCUCGAGUUGCUUGCGUUGCCCAACGAUGGCGUCCCCAAGCUGCUUCUCGACAUCGGUUGCGGUUCUGGACUUAGUGGCGAGACAUUGACAGAGCAGGGCCAUCACUGGAUUGGUUAUGAUAUUUCAAAGUCGAUGCUUGAUGUUGCUCAGGAGCGUGAAGCAGAGGGUGACCUCCUCCUUGCAGACAUGGGCCAGGGCUUAGGUUUGCGGCCAGGAGUUAUUGAUGGUGCAAUCAGUAUUUCUGCCGUUCAGUGGUUAUGCAAUGCUGACAAGUCAUGUCACAACCCAAGAUUGCGGUUGAAGGCUUUCUUUGGAUCAUUAUAUAGAUGCCUAGCAAGGGGAGCAAGAGCCGUUCUACAGUUUUAUGCUGAUAAUGUGAAGCAGAGUGAAAUGAUUGUGACUGCUGCCAUGCGUGCUGGAUUUGCAGGUGGAGUGGUUGUUGACUGGCCUCACAGUUCAAAAGCAAAGAAAUCCUACCUUGUCCUCACUUGUGGACCAGCUUCUCUAAAUUCAUCCCUUCCAAAGGGUAAAGGUCAAGAUGGUGCCAUGUGUAGCGAUGAUGAUGAGAGUGAUGAUGGAAGUGGUGAUGAAGAUGAAGCCCAAACAGUCGGAAUAUAUGAAAGAAAUAGGCCAAAGAAGAGGCAGAAGACGAAGAAGAAUGGCAAGGGCAAGAGCUGGCUCUUGAACAAAAAGGAGCAGAUGAGAAGGCGAGGACGUGAAGUGCCUGCAGACACAAAAUACACAGGACGGAAGCGGAAAAGCUACUUCUAAGUUCCGAGUGAUCUUGGAAUGCCUGUGUACCAAUGUUUGCCGUCUAUCGUAGUUCAUUAUUAGUACUAGUACGAGAACUUUUCUGUUCGAGAGUUGGAUGAUACACCAGAGAACCGUUCUUUAUUUUUUAUUUGUAACCAAGUGGUGGCAUUUUGAGCUUUUUUGGUAAUGCUGUGACAAUCUAUGCCCUCCUUUUGAAGGAUCCAGUAUUUGUAUGUUUGUUGUUUGCGAUUCCGCAUGGGUUUUGGCAAAAUUUGUCCAAUCUGGCUACACAUUGUUUC